AUGGAUGAUGAUAGCAAUCUUGAUGUUUUAAUUAUAGAAUUUUUUGAAUUAUAUGGAACUCAAUUCAAUUACACUGAUUUAGCAAUUAUUACAGCAAAUGAAGGGAAUGAAGGAUGCUAUUGUUUAAAGGAUUGGUUACCAAAAGAAGUCAACAUAUUUCUUAAUAAGAGAUUUGCUAAAGAUUGGAACAUGCUAAAAAAUUUCGGAUUCGAGAAGCAUAAAGUGAUGAGGGAUGCAUUGUUGGAAUUGAAAGCAAACCAUAUGCGCAAUGCAGGGUUAUCAUUUCUGGUCGCAGAUGAGUUUGAGAACACCAUUCACAUCCAAUCUUAUAAUGAUGAGGAUGAACUAUUGGGAAAGUUUGAGGAAUAUACGGUAUGUAACGAGGGUAACCUUCGUAUUUUUUUGAAGAAUGUUGACGGGACGGGAUUAGAAUCUAUUAAUGAUGACAAUGAAAUCCCAAAGGUCAUCAUUUCUCUAAAAUACAUCCAAUAUAAUCAAUAUUACCGAACCAAUGCUUCUCACCUCAAAAAGGAAGUUACCUGGUCGAAAGUCAAAGAUCAAGCAAUGGAAGAAGGAACUUUAUUGGCCAUACAGAAUGCUCUCAACGAAAAGAUCAAGGCGUCUAUAAAAAUUUAUUCUAAUCGAGUAAUGAAUAAUCAGGAAGAUAAACCACUGAUGGAGGGGACAAGUUCACUAAUAAAUCUGGCAUUUUCAAAACAUCUAGUUAAUUUCAUCGAUCGAUUAAAGGAACUCCCAAAGAAACAGCAGGCCAUGAAUUCAAACAAUUGUUGGGAAAGCAACAUAUUGGAAGAAAUAGAAGCUAUUGUAAAUCCAAUUACAAGUAAAUUAUAUUCGUCAGAUCCAUCAGAUGAAAAAUCAACAACUGACGAGGAUGAUGAAUUGCCAACACACGGAGAAUUAUAA